AUGCCGUCGCUCUUGACGCUGCUGCUCUUCUGCGACUUCCUCGAGAACCGCCUGCACACGUCGAACCUGCUUCUGCUGCGUCGCAUGUUCAGCGACUUCUGCGUCGGCAACGAGCACACGCUGCAGGACUUUAUCCGUCUCGGAGCGAGUAUCGUGACGGUGAUGUCCAUGGAGAGGACGAGUCGCGUCUACCGAGAGGAAGCGGCUCGCCUGCUGGCUCAGCAGAUCAAGGAGAAUUCCGACGCACAGCAGUUCCAGCUCUGCGUCUUCCGCUACCUGUCGGCGCGCGUGGCCACCAAGAACAUUUUCUGGCUGCGGGACAUGUUCCUCGAGUUCUGCAACGGAGACGACGCUCUGGUGCGUGCGUUCGUGAGUCGCGGCAACGAGGUCGUCAGCGUCAUCCCCGUGGACAUUCAGGCUCUCCAAGCGAGGUCAAUGCAGUCACAGUUCGCUCCAGCGUCGGAGAUGCAGCUGCAGACCGGGACUUCACUUCAAGAGAGACUGGAACAAGAACACCAAUUAGAUCCCUGCAGUGACUCGGAGGAGAACGAGGAGGAAGACGACGAUGAGAUCACGACACUCGCCGAGUUGGCUUCAGUCGCAGCAAUGCCGCCGUCGGUGGAAGAUCUGAACAUCUGCACCAUGGAGGUGCUCGAUCGCAUCGAGGAGCAGGAGCCUUGGAACCAAGUCUUCCGACCCAGACACGUUGCCCUUGCCCGUGAAGCGGUCCAAGUUAGCUGCAGCGUUCAAGGAGUUCUGGGCGAAGCACGCUCGCGCAGUCUGGGAGCGCCCAUUCUGGGCGCCGCUGGUGCGCGCAAGGCCUUCCAGACUGUGAUGAGGAGCAUCUACCAAGAGCUUGGCGCCAAGUUUUUCGUCCAACUGGAUCAACGCUCGAAGCCGCACAAGGGCUGGUGGUACGUGGAGCCCGUACAGGACCUCGUCACCAUCGCCCAGCGCGUGGGCUUGGCUGCAUGCCUCCAGUACGUCGAGUCGCAAACGCUCCAGCGAUUCCCCCUUGUGCCUGGGAGAAAAGUUCGCGUGGCCAGACCGAACAACGGCAAGAGCAAGAGCAUGUGGUCCGUCGCCAGCGCGAUGGGGCCUAUUUUGCGUGAGAUCUGUGCCCUCAAGGACCGGAGCAACGGCUCGAAGCGCAAGGCCAAGAAGUGA